UGUGGGCAACGUCGAGGUGAUGCAGCUGGACUUUGAGAUGGAGAACUUCACCAGCCUCUCGGUAACCAGAAGGAUCAACUGGAACAUUGAUUAUAAGGGACAAAACCCGCCGCCUGAUUCAGAGAAGGUCGUGACAGAACUGACGGUAGUGCAGCGGGACAUUCAGGCCAUCAUCCCUCUGGCCAUGGACACCGAGAUUAUCAACACGGCCAUUCUGACCGGACGCACUGUGGCCAUUCCUGUCAAAAUGGUCUCGAUUGAGAUGAACGGGGCAGUCACUGACGUCUCGGCUUUCGUGCAGUGCAAGUCCUCGAAUGAAGACAUUGUUAAGGUGUCCAUGAAUUGUGACUACGUGUUCGUCAAUGGGAAGGAGACGCGGGGCUCCAUGAAUGCCAGGGUCAUCUUCAGCUAUGAGCACCUGAGCGCGCCGCUGGAGCUGACCGUCUGGGUUCCCAAACUUCCCCUGCAGGUUGAACUUUCUGACAACAACCUGAGCUUCAUCAAAGGCUGGAGGGUCCCCAUUCUGCCCGACCGCAGGAGCACUAGAGACAGCGACGCGGACGACGAAGACGACGAUCGCCGGGUGAGUCGAGGCUGCACCCUGCAGUACCAGCGGGCCCUGGUCAAGGUGCUCACACAGUUCCACACCACCUCCACAGAGGGCACUGACCAGGUUAUCACCAUGCUGGGACCCGACUGGCAGGUGGAUGUCACGGACCUGGUGCAGGACUCCCUGAAGGUGGCUGAUCCCAGGAUUGCGGAGUUGGUGGACAGGACGGUCCUUGUCGGCCUGGAGCUGGGAUCCACUGUGCUGAAGGUGGAGUCUCCUCUGGCAGUGGAUGCAGUAUUAGGAGAGGCGGCAUUCUCGGUCACAGAUGACAAGGUUUCCAUCACAGAGCUGCGUGUUCACGCCAUUUCAGGCCUGACCCUGUCACUGCAGCCCAGCCCCGGCAACAGCCACACCAUGGUGGCCAAGGCAACCGGAAUCCAGACACUCGCUGCUCCCAAACAGGAGGCCAGCUUGUCUGUCUGGAUGCUUUUUAGUGACAACACAGCCGCCACUCUGACUUACUUUGAUCCCAAAGACUACAACCUCAAUGCCUCCACAUUGGAUGACAAAGUUGCGUCAGUAUCCCAGGAGCCUCAGCAACGCUGGCCUGUGGUGGUGGCAGAAGGAGAAGGAUCUGGCGAGAUGGUGCGUGUGGAGAUGACCAUCUGUGAGGCCUGCCAGAAGACCAAACGCAAAAGCGUCAUCGCAUCUGCUGCGGUUUAUGUCAAGGUCCGCUUUGGCCCCGAGGAGGACUCUGAGGAAGAGGUGACCACGGAGGGGGAGAUUGAGCUUGCACCCGUCACCAGGCGUCCGAUUGUCGAUCCGAACAUUAGUGGACGAAUUUAUGAGACAUCUAACGAGCAGCCUGCCAGUGUUCCCAUUGAUUACACCAAUUUACCUACUAUGAGUAUCCAAGAGGAACCAACUGAGGGUGAAGAAGAGGAGGAGGAAGACUUUGUGCAUUCGCCUCGCAACAUGACUGACCUUGAGAUUGGCAUGUACGCUUUACUGGGAGUCUUCUGCCUGGCCAUUUUAGUCUUUCUCAUCAACUGCAUUGUCUUUGUGCUUAAAUACCGCCAUAAGCGGAUCCCACCUGAGGGUCAGGCCAACAUGGAUCACUCCCACCACUGGGUGUUCCUGGGAAACGGCCAGCCGCUGAGGGCCCAGUGUGAUCUGUCACCACAGCAAGUGGAAAGUCCCACUAACCCUCUGGAGGGCGUACAGACUUGUUGCCACGGGGACCACCACAGCAGUGGCAGUUCCCAGACUAGCGUUCAAAGCCAGGUACACGGAAGGGGCGACGGCAGCUCUGGGGGCUCUACAAAGGAGAACGGCGAGGAUGCCAGUUCACCCACCUCUAAGCGCAAGCGAGUCAAGUUCACCACUUUUACCACCCUUCCCACAGAGGAGCUGCCCUAUAACUCCAUCCCGAUAGCAGAUGAAGAGGACAUUCAGUGGGUUUGCCAGGAUAUGGGCUUUCAAGACCCAGAGGAACUGCACGAUUACAUGCGCAGAAUAAAAGAAAUAGCCUGAGAUACGAGGUGCAGCGUCGAGCCCCGCUCUCGGCUUUCUAAGAAGAACGUUCCUUUCUAUUUUUCUCUUUUACACCUAAGUGAAAGAUAUUUUUUUUCACAGACUAAAAGGUCAACUGUUGUUUUGGUUAGUUUCUUUUAGUUUGCACAGUGCUGUAAUCUCAUACACGCUCACACAGAGGAGGACGCGAGGAAGCCAAAGACCUGACCAGAGGAUCUCGAUUGCUAGAGAAAUCUGUAAAUCUUGGCUAUUGCAAACCUGUUUCACUGGGAAGCCGAGCCAUGGGCGGACGGGAGAGCUGCUGCGGCUCUCUUUAUUUUCAGGAUCUGAUUUCAAUGAAAGCCUGAUACGGACAGGUGUGCGGUCGCGGUACGGUACCGGUCGUGCUUCGGUGGCUCGGUGGGACUCUGCAGUACUGUACCUAUUCCAAACAAAGAGGCCUUUGAUGAGCAAAUAACUGUCAAAGACUCUCAUGAAAGCUAUGUUUUAAAAAAAAAUCAUAUUUUUUUCUUUCGUUUCUUUGUUUUUCGCCAAAGUAGGAAAAGCGUUCUUUUAACGGCAAAACGUUCUUCAUAGUUGUUGUUGGUGCGGCACACUCAUGAUUUGUACUCAUGUUCAUUCCUUACAUUUUUCUACAUUUCAUAGGUAGUCAAAAGCAGUGCCCUACUACUACUAGUCCUCAUGGUCCUGAACAAAUCUUAAUGCCUUAUAAUAAAAAAAAAAAAUGGUCACAGUUCACUUCGUAUAUCAGCGCGGACACCCUGUUUUCUCACGACGGCUAGAGACAGUGUAGUAAGAGCUACUAUGUAAAAUACUACGACUGCUCUCCAGCAUGAGGAAUAAAUACAAAGAGCUUGUGCAUUGCGAGGAUCUCUAACAGUCUUUGCAUGGAAGGGGAUCUUGAGGCACAAUC